AUGGCUGCAUCAUUUCUUCUUCUUCUUCUUCUAACCAUAAUAUCAUCAUCAUCAUCAUCUUCUUCUUCUUCUUCCUUAAGUCGUGGCUUAACUCGAGGUUCUUCUCUAUCGGUCGAAAACCGAGAUGAACUUUUAGUUUCGCCCAACCGUCUUUUCAAAGCCGGUUUUCAUCAAGUCGGAGAUAAUGCUUAUGGCUUUGCGGUAUGGUUCUCGGACACAAUCGGGAGUCGCACCGUGGUUUGGAUGGCUAACCGAGAUGUACCCGUUAACGGAAAGCAAUCAGAGUUGUCCUUACGGAGAGAUGGCAAUCUCGUUUUGAUAGAUGCCGGUAGAACUGUUAUUUGGUCAACCAAGACGAAAUCAACUUCUUCCUCAUCACUUCAAUUACAACUGCUUAACACAGGUAACCUUGUACUCGAUGUUGGAGGCCAAACUCUUUGGCAAAGCUUUGAUUAUCCAACAGAUACCCUUCUCCCGAAUCAACCCUUCACUAAAAGCACUAAACUCGUUUCUUCAAAAAGUCGUUCUAAUUAUUCUUCGGGUUUCUAUAAGAUGUUUUUCGAUAGCGAUGGCAUUCUUCGACUUAUUUAUGAUGCUCCAGAAACAACUACGAUUUACUGGCCUCAUCCGAGCUUUAGAAGUUGGGAAGUUGGGAGGUUGCAAUAUAUGUACAGUCGAAGAGCAAUCCUUGAUUCUAAUGGUCAAUUUAACUCAUCAGAUGGUUGGAAAUUCAAAUCGGCUGAUUUUGGAAUGGGGCGGCAACGAAUAAUGAGGAUCGAUGUAGACGGUAACGCAAGAGUUUAUAGCCUCGUUGAGCAUGAAAGAAGAAUGAAAUGGGAAGUUGAAUGGCAAGCCAUUUCUCAGCCUUGCAAGAUUCAUGGUACAUGUGGACCAAACAGUCUUUGUACAUAUUCUCAAGAUUCAGGUAGGAAAUGCAGUUGCUUAUCUGGAUACAAGAUGGUGAAUUAUGAAGAUUCAAGUUAUGGGUGUGAACCUGAAUUCAAACCUUGCAUCCAAGAUGACUGUGAUUUCAUUGAGCUUCGUCAUGUAGAAUUCUAUGGAUAUGAUGUUCGGAUACACGGAAACUACACUGUUGAUGCUUGUAAGAAGGAUUGUUUACAGGAUAACACUUGCAUCGGGUUCCAGUUCGGAUGGAAAGAAGACUCGGGAUUCUUUUAUUGUUGCAUAAAGACUUCUUUGCAAAAUGGGUAUGAAAUGGGGUACGAAUAUUCGAUGUACAUCAAACUACCAAAGAGGUUAGUCUCAUCAUUUAAACAAAAAACAGUCAGCCAAUCAAGCUUAAAUUGUCCACCCCCCAUGUUAACAACCAUAACAAGGUCUUAUGAGGAAAACAAUGAUAUCAAACCACUUGGUUUCAUGUUGGUCUUCGGAUGCGUGAUCGGGUUUAUUGAGAUUGUCUGCAUAGUUGUUUUCUGGUAUUUUAGCAGUGAACGAUCAUCUACAACCGAGCAAAUUUAUAUUCCAGCUGCAACAGCAUUUCGAAAGUUCACAUAUAGCGAGCUAAAGAAGGCAUCAUGCAAUUUCAGUGAAGAGAUAGGAAGAGGUGGUGCUUGCGUUGUGUAUAAAGGCAGGUUAUCAGACAACAGGGUUGCAGCAAUCAAAAGGCUCAAGAACACUAAUCACCAUGGGGAAGCUGAAUUUCAAGCUGAGAUAAGCACGAUUGGGAGGGUGAAUCACAUGAACUUGAUAGAGACAUGGGGUUAUUGUGCUGAAGGAAAACAUAGGCUUGUGGUUUAUGAAUAUAUGGAGAAUGGAUCGUUGGCUAAAAACCUGGGGAUCGGUAAACUUGAUUGGGCGACAAGGCUUGGUAUCGCCACGGGUACUGCCAAAGGACUUGCUUAUUUACACGAAGAGUGUUUGGAGUGGGUUCUACAUUGUGAUGUGAAACCCCAUAACAUAUUGUUGGAUGCUAAUUAUAAUCCUAAGGUGGCAGAUUUUGGUCUUUCCAGAUUGUUUGAUAGAAGUGGUAUCAACCAGUCGGACUUCUCCAUGAUUCGAGGGACUCGAGGCUACAUGGCUCCCGAAUGGGUGUUCAAUCUUCCGAUUACCUCAAAAGUUGAUGUAUUUAGCUACGGGGUGGUGAUAUUGGAGAUGAUAACAGGUAGGAGUCCAGCAGGCAAACAUCAUUCCAACAAUGAAAACGGCGAGGUUGAGGUUGAGCUUGGGCUAAUUGAGUGGGUGAAAAGUAUGAUCCAAGAGUCGGACCAAAGUCGAACAGAAUGUUGGGUUGAGAAGAUCGUAGAUCCUUCAAUAAGUGGGAACUAUAAUCGGACCACCAUGGAAAAUCUAGUUAGAACUGCAGUGCAAUGUGCCGAGGAAGAUAGGGAGGCAAGACCCUCAAUGAGUCAAGUGGUUAGUAUGCUUCUCCAUGCCUAAUUGUAUUUAACAAUGGCAUGAUCUUGCCUUCUUGGAUUUUAGAGAUAUUAUAUACAUGUGUGUGUAAUGAGAUGAUAAGUAGAAGAAAACAGUUUUAGGGGCAUUUGUAAACCAAAUCCAUUAAAAUUGAGAGGUUUUU